CCUUUCCUCUUUCUGGGGAUUUUUCCUUUUUUUUUUAUAUUUCGGGCCUUAGAUUAGAUCUCUGCUUCUCCUUCCUCCACCGCACAAAUUCUGUAUUCCUCUGCCAUUGAUUCUCUUUCUUCUCCGGGAAGCUAAGAGUUCAAGGGUUUAGUUUCUGCUUCAGAUCUCGAAUCGAUUCGAAUCCGGGCAGUGUCGGGAUUUAAUUCAGAAUCGAAGGUUUAAUUUCAGUUUCAGAUCUUCUUGGUAUUCGUCGGUUCUCAAUCUUCGAUCCGAGCCACCAUGGCGGCCGCCAACGCUCCAAUCACCAUGAAAGAGGUCUUAACUUUACCUAGCAUUGGGAUUAGUCCGCAAUUCAUCACGUUUACGAAUGUGACUAUGGAAUCGGAUAAGUAUAUAUGUGUAAGAGAAACGGCUCCGCAGAAUAGUAUUGUGAUCAUUGACAUGAAUAUGCCUAUGCAGCCGUUGAGACGGCCUAUUACUGCCGACUCUGCUCUUAUGAAUCCAAAUUCCAGAAUCCUUGCUUUGAAAGCUCAACUCCCUGGAACUACUCAAGAUCACUUGCAGAUAUUUAACAUAGAGAUGAAAGCAAAGGUGAAAUCUCAUCAGAUGCCUGAACAGGUUGUCUUUUGGAAAUGGAUUUCCCAAAAUAUGUUGGGCCUGGUUACUCAGACCUCUGUAUAUCACUGGUCCACAGAAGGUGAUUCUGAGCCAGUUAAGAUGUUUGAAAGAACAGCUAAUUUAGCAAGCAAUCAAAUAAUAAACUAUAAAUGUGAUCCCAGUGAGAAAUGGUUAGUUUUGAUUGGAAUUGCUCCUGGUUCACCUGAGAGGCCACAAUUGGUUAAGGGGAACAUGCAACUUUUCUCUGUUGAUCAGCAGCGCAGUCAAGCUCUUGAAGCACAUGCUGCCUCGUUUGCUCAGUUUAAGGUUCCAGGGAAUGAGAAUUCUUCAAUUCUUAUUUCCUUUGCCACCAAGACCUUUAAUGCUGGCCAGAUUACAUCAAAGUUGCAUGUCAUUGAGCUUGGUGCCCAGCCAGGUAAGCCAUCAUUUUCAAAGAAACAGGCCGAUCUCUUUUUCCCGCCAGAUUUUGCAGAUGAUUUCCCAGUUGCUAUGCAGAUAUCUCACAAAUACAGUUUGAUCUGUGUUAUUACCAAGCUUGGGCUAUUGUUUGUGUAUGAUUUGGAGACAGGUACAGCUGUAUACAGAAACAGAAUUAGCCCGGAUCCAAUUUUUUUAACUGCUGAAGCAUCUUCAGUGGGGGGUUUUUAUGCCAUCAAUAGGCGAGGCCAGGUAUUACUGGCAACUGUAAAUGAAGCAACAUUAGUGCCAUUUGUCAGUGGUCAGUUGAACAAUUUAGAGCUAGCUGUCAACCUUGCCAAGAGAGGAAACCUUCCUGGUGCAGAGAACCUGGUUGUCCAGCGUUUUCAAGAACUGUUUGCUCAAACAAAGUAUAAAGAAGCUGCUGAGCUUGCAGCAGAAUCUCCACAAGGGAUCCUUCGUACACCAGACACAGUUGCCAAGUUUCAGAGUGUCCCUGUGCAAGCUGGACAGACUCCUCCACUGUUGCAGUACUUUGGUACACUUUUGACCAAAGGGAAGCUCAAUGCGUUUGAGUCACUGGAAUUGUCUCGCCUGGUUGUGAACCAGAACAAAAAGAAUCUUUUGGAGAACUGGUUGGCAGAAGACAAGUUGGAAUGUAGUGAGGAACUUGGAGACCUUGUGAAGACCGUGGAUAAUGAUCUUGCUCUGAAAAUAUAUAUUAAAGCUAGGGCUACUCCAAAAGUUGUUGCUGCUUUUGCAGAGCGGAGGGAGUUUGACAAAAUUUUAAUAUACUCAAAGCAGGUUGGGUACACACCUGACUACUUAUUCCUUCUGCAAACAAUUCUCCGUACAGAUCCUCAGGGGGCUGUUAAUUUUGCAUUGAUGAUGUCUCAAAUGGAGGGAGGUUGUCCCAUUGAUUACAACACCAUUACAGAUCUUUUUCUUCAGAGGAACUUGAUCCGUGAGGCAACUGCCUUUUUACUAGAUGUUUUGAAACCAAAUCUGCCAGAGCAUGGUUAUCUCCAGACCAAGGUCCUUGAAAUCAAUCUUGUGACUUUUCCAAAUGUUGCUGAUGCUAUUUUAGCAAAUGGAAUGUUCAGCCACUAUGAUCGUCCUCGAAUCGCUCAGCUAUGUGAAAAAGCGGGUCUGUAUGUGCGAGCUCUGCAGCAUUAUACAGAAUUGCCUGAUAUUAAGCGUGUCAUUGUGAACACACAUGCUAUUGAGCCACAGGCACUUGUUGAGUUCUUUGGUACUCUUUCGCGAGAAUGGGCUUUGGAGUGCAUGAAGGACCUCUUACUGGUCAAUCUAAGAGGCAAUCUUCAAAUAAUUGUGCAGGUUGCAAAGGAGUAUUGUGAGCAGUUGGGUGUUGAUGCCUGCAUAAAAAUUUUUGAACAAUUUAAAUCAUAUGAAGGGCUGUACUUUUUCCUGGGUUCUUAUUUAAGUUCAAGUGAGGAUCCUGAUAUACACUUCAAGUACAUUGAGGCAGCUGCUAAAACUGGACAGAUAAAGGAGGUGGAGCGGGUGACUAGGGAAUCAAAUUUCUAUGAUGCUGAGAAGACAAAGAACUUUCUAAUGGAGGCCAAGCUCCCUGAUGCUCGUCCUCUGAUCAACGUUUGUGAUCGUUUUGGGUUUGUCCCAGACCUGACUCACUACCUUUACACAAAUAACAUGCUUCGCUACAUUGAAGGUUAUGUUCAGAAGGUUAACCCAGGGAAUGCUCCUCUGGUAGUUGGCCAGCUGCUAGAUGAUGAAUGCCCUGAAGAUUUUAUUAAGGGCCUUAUUCUCUCUGUACGUUCUUUGCUUCCAGUUGAACCCUUGGUGGCAGAAUGUGAAAAGAGAAAUCGACUUCGCUUACUCACUCAGUUCUUGGAGCAUUUAGUAAGUGAGGGAAGCCAAGAUGUACAUGUCCACAAUGCCCUGGGUAAAAUUAUUAUUGACAGCAAUAACAAUCCAGAGCACUUCCUCACUACCAACCCCUACUAUGACUCCCGAGUCGUUGGUAAGUAUUGUGAGAAGCGUGAUCCCACUCUGGCAGUGGUGGCUUACAGGAGAGGACAAUGUGACGAUGAACUUAUCAAUGUCACAAAUAAAAAUUCCUUGUUUAAAUUGCAAGCCAGGUAUGUGGUUGAAAGGAUGGAUGCUGAUCUUUGGGAGAAGGUUCUCACUCCUGAGAACGAAUAUAGGAGACAACUAAUAGAUCAGGUUGUAUCAACUGCUUUGCCAGAAAGCAAGAGUCCAGAGCAAGUUUCUGCUGCUGUUAAAGCAUUCAUGACUGCUGAUCUGCCUCAUGAACUGAUUGAACUUCUUGAGAAGAUUGUGCUCCAAAAUUCUGCAUUUAGUGGGAACUUCAAUCUGCAAAAUCUACUCAUUUUGACUGCCAUCAAGGCAGAUCCGUCUAGAGUUAUGGAUUAUAUAAACAGACUAGAUAAUUUUGAUGGACCUGCAGUUGGGGAAGUUGCCGUGGAAGCACAACUAUAUGAAGAGGCUUUUGCAAUUUUCAAGAAGUUCAACUUAAAUGUUCAGGCUGUCAAUGUGUUAUUGGAUAAUAUUAGAAGCAUUGAUAGGGCUGUGGAAUUUGCAUUCCGUGUGGAAGAAGAUGCUGUUUGGAGCCAGGUGGCAAAGGCACAACUCAGGGAGGGACUGGUGAGCGAUGCAAUUGAAUCAUUUAUUCGUGCAGAUGAUGCUACUCAAUUCCUUGAGGUUAUUCGUGCCUCUGAGGAUGCAAAUGUCUACCAUGACUUGGUGAGAUACCUUCUAAUGGUUAGACAGAAGGUGAAAGAGCCCAAGGUUGAUAGUGAGCUCAUUUAUGCAUAUGCAAAGAUUGAUAGGCUGAGUGAAAUUGAAGAGUUCAUUCUAAUGCCAAAUGUGGCUAAUCUUCAAAAUGUUGGGGAUCGCUUGUUUGAUGAAGAGCUUUAUGAAGCUGCAAAAAUUAUAUUUGCAUUUAUAUCCAACUGGGCCAAGUUGGCUGUUACAUUGGUUAGACUUAAACAAUUUCAAGGUGCUGUCGAUGCAGCACGAAAAGCAAACAGUGCAAAGACAUGGAAGGAAGUUUGUUUUGCUUGUGUUGAUGCAGAGGAGUUCCGUUUGGCCCAGAUAUGUGGACUCAACAUUAUUAUACAGGUGGAUGACUUGGAAGAGGUCAGUGAGUAUUAUCAGAACAGAGGGUGCUUCAAUGAGUUGAUCUCUCUGAUGGAGAGUGGUUUAGGAUUGGAACGAGCACAUAUGGGCAUCUUUACUGAACUGGGAGUGUUGUAUGCUAGAUAUCGUCCAGAGAAGCUGAUGGAGCACAUUAAAUUGUUUUCAACUCGUCUCAAUAUUCCGAAGCUUAUACGAGCUUGUGAUGAGCAACAGCAUUGGAAGGAACUUACCUAUUUGUAUAUCCAAUAUGAUGAGUUUGAUAAUGCUGCAACCACCAUCAUGAACCACUCUCCUGAAGCAUGGGAUCACAUGCAGUUCAAAGACGUUUCAGUCAAAGUUGCUAAUGUUGAACUCUAUUAUAAGGCUGUUCACUUCUACUUGCAAGAACAUCCAGAUCUCAUAAAUGAUAUGCUCAAUGUUCUUGCCCUCCGUGUGGAUCAUGCACGUGUUGUUGACAUUAUGAGAAAGGCUGGUCACCUUCGUCUUGUGAAGCCAUAUAUGGUAGCUGUUCAGAGCAAUAAUGUGUCAGCUGUAAAUGAGGCUUUGAAUGAAAUCUAUGUAGAGGAAGAGGAUUAUGAGAGAUUGCGUGAGUCUAUUGAUAUGCAUGAUAACUUUGAUCAGAUAGGCCUUGCCCAGAAGAUUGAGAAACAUGAGCUUCUAGAGAUGAGACGUGUUGCUGCAUAUAUUUACAAAAAAGCAGGCAGAUGGAAGCAAUCCAUUGCAUUGUCAAAGAAAGACAACCUAUACAAAGAUGCCAUGGAGACAGCCUCACAGUCUGGAGACCGUGAACUUGCUGAGGAGUUGCUUGUUUAUUUCAUUGAACAGGGAAAGAAGGAAUGCUUUGCAUCAUGCCUCUUUGUUUGUUAUGACUUAAUUCGACCAGAUGUUGCUCUUGAACUAGCCUGGAUUAACAAUAUGGUAGACUUUGCAUUCCCAUAUCUGUUGCAGUUUAUUCGUGAAUACACUGGCAAAGUUGAUGAACUUGUGAAGGACAAGAUUGAAGCUCAAAAUGAUGUCAAGGCGAAAGAGCAGGAAGAGAAAGAAGUGAUUGCACAGCAGAACAUGUACGCCCAAUUACUACCACUCGCUUUGCCAGCACCACCAAUGCCAGGUAUGGGACCAUCGCCUAUGGGAGGAGGAUUUGCUCCACCACCUAUGUCUGGAAUGGGGAUGCCUCCAAUGCCACCUUUUGGCAUGCCACCAAUGGGAAGCUAUUAGUUAUAUUGCUGAUUGCUGCGGAGAUUAGAUGUAGAUGAGAGGAAGGACAACCUAGUUGCCCUCGUGGUGUUUCAAUGGGCUUCUGCUGCCUCCAUAUUCUUUGUGUUCAUUCGUCUGAUGGCGUGAAUUUCAAGUCUGAAUAAUGUCAUUUUGGUGUUUCAGUGUGUGAUAUUGUCUUGUAAUAUUCUUCUUUUUUGUAGUCUUGAGGCAUUUUUUUGCUGCUGAUAGAGGGCAAGCCGAGGAUUCCAUGCAUUGUAGUAUAGUAUUUUUCUUUCGGUCCUUGAAUUGGCCGAGUAUAUACAAACGCUUGAUAUCAACAUGAAUUUCCCGGUUUACAUGUUCUCAU